UGCGUUUACUUAGUAAUGCCUUAGCUCUUGAUUAAACCGGCCGAACGCUUAAACGGGUGCUGUUGAAUUUGUGCGGUCUGCAUUUAUGGUGUGUGAUUCUCUGUAAGAAAAUCCAAAUAAAAACAAAAAAGAAUAAAAACAAGAAUUUGUGGAGACACUACAGUCGCAUAUGAGUUGAUAAUCUAAUUAUAAACCUGCAACUUUGGUCGAAGGCAAUGAAAAAAUUUGAUAAUAAUGCAGAUAUUAUUAAAUUUAUAAUAAUUUUAGUGGGUUUAACAAAGCUCCGAUAUGUGUUGGGAGAAUGUAAUGAUGAACAAUGGGCCUGUGAUGAUGGCAGCUGUAUUGCCGAAGGCUUAGUGUGUGAUGGAGAACGCAAUUGUAGAGACGGCUCAGAUGAGACUGCAGAGAAUUGCAUUCACUUGGCUAAAGACUGUAAAGACAUUUACUUUCGAUGCAGUUAUGGGGGCUGCAUAACCGGUUCAUAUGAAUGCAAUAACAUCACUGAUUGUGCCGACAAUUCGGAUGAAUACUCCUGCUAUAACCGUCAUCCAGAGCAUCAUAGGGGUCGAUGUGAAGCAGAAGAAAUGCAAUGCCUGCGUUCCAAGGAAUGUAUCGAUCGAGAUAAUAUUUGUGAUGGAAAAAGGGAUUGUUCCGAUGGCAGCGAUGAGACGGUUGAGGUUUGUGCUGGAACUGGUUGUUCCCCUGUAGCUUUCCAAUGUGGCUAUGGGGGAUGUGUGGUGGGCAACGCUCCUUGCAAUGGUAAAAUAGAGUGUGCUGAUGGUUCUGACGAAGCGUGGAGGAUGUGUAAUAGAACAAGGCCAUCAUCUGUAACAUUGUCACAAUUGCCAAAGAUAACACCAAAACCUCCGCAGCAAAAACCCACACCUAAACCACCAUCAAGACCAAUACCCAAGCCCACGCCUGGUCCCAUUACAGCCCCCAUUGACAGCGAGGAAGGACGCAGGUGUCAAAUACCUAGAAAUCUUCAAGGCUAUGUUGUACAAUUACAUCCACAAAAUGAGACAUUGUCUGCUGGAGAUUGGGUUUCGGAUGGCGAUACUCUACACGUUGCUUGCCAUAACAAACAGAAAAGCGAUUCUCUAUUCUGUGAGGAUGGAACAUUUAGUACUGACUUUCCCAAAUGCUCAUUCUGUGAAAAAAGUUUACUCCAUGGCCUCUCAACCAGAUAUUCUGAAAUAUUCAUAAAUGGCGCACCGGUCGAUGCCAAAGAGUUUGGAUGGAAAAUACCUCCGGGUGCUGAAAUCGAUGUUUAUUGUGGUAUUGGCUAUAAGCGAGUUGGAAACAAUCCACCGCGACAGAAAAUUCAAUGCCUGCCUGAUGGCACCUUCAGUGCUGUGCGUGAGCCAUGUAUUCAGGAUUGUGGUAAUCCAAUAGCCGAUCGAAUAGAUUUUACACGGGAUGGAAUACCCACAAAAAACAACAAAGUUCCUUGGCAUGUGGCUAUCUUUGCUAGGCAGGAUAAUGGAACGAUGAAAUACAUUUGUAGUGGUUCCAUAGUCUCGCCAAGUAUAAUACUUUCAGCUGCACAUUGCUUUUGGAAUAAUCUUAAAAAUAGCAAAAUCCCUAAUAGUUAUUUCAAAUUUAUUGCCGGCAAACAAGACAGUGAUUAUAGUUUCUCCCGGGAGGGCUAUGAGCAAAUAAGAGAAGCGUCAUCCAUUGAAGCCUCCUUCUUCUAUUCCAGUACGAGUUCACAAAAAAUUGCCGACAUUGCUGUUGUCCGCUUGAAAACUCCCCUAGAAUACACUCAAAAUGUAUCAGCCAUCUGUAUGCCACCGAGAACCAACAGUGGUGCGGACUAUGUGCCCUCGGGUUAUGCGGGUUUUGUACCUGGCUACAGUCAGGAGCAUAAAUAUCUGGAACAGGUUAAUAGCUCUUCAAUAGAUCUUAAUUCUUGUAAAACGAGGCCUGACCUGUCCAAUCUGGAGGAUGAUAAAUUCUGUCUGACUACAGUCGAUUCGGGUGGCAGGCUAUGUCGUGGAGAUAGUGGAAGUGGAUUUGCAUCAAAAAAACAUAGAUAUGAGAAUUAUCAUCUGCUGGGCGUUAUAAGUUCCUCACCGUCACACGUCAAUGAAUGCACACGAGAUGGUGUGGUGACGGUAACCAGUGUGCUCUACAUGAAGGAUGAUCUGUUUAGAAAAUUUAAUGAGACAUUCUACCAAGAGCAACUUAGUAAUGUUUUAGCUCUUGAUAUAACCGGCCAAACGCUAAAACGGAUGCUGUUGAAUUUGUGCGUUCUGUUAUACGGAUUUGAUUAUCUUAAAAAAAAAUUGCAAAUUCGGCCUAAGGAAAUGAAAAAAAUUUACAAUAAUGCAAUCAUUUUUAAAUUUAUAAUAAUUUUAGUGAGUAUAACAAAAAUCCCAUAUGUACUGGGAGAAUGUAGUGAUGAACAAUGGACCUGCGAUGAUGGCAGCUGUAUUGAGGAAGACUUAAUGUGUGAUGGAGAGCGCAAUUGUAGAGAUGGCUCAGAUGAGACUGCUAUGAAUUGUAUUCACUUGGCCAAAGACUGUAAAGAAAUUUACUUUCUAUGCAGCUAUGGAGCCUGCAUAACCGGUUCACAUGCUUGCAAUAACAUCACUGAUUGUGCCGAUAAAUCCGAUGAAUACGCUUGCCUCAACAAAGAUCUCGAACAUCAUAGGGGCAAAUGUGAAGAGGAACAAAUGCAAUGCCUGCGUUCCAAAGAGUGUAUCGAUCGAGAUGAUAUGUGUGAUGGCAAAAUUGAUUGUUCGGAUGGUAGCGAUGAGACGGUUGAGGUAUGUGCAGGAACUGCAUGUCCUGGAUUAGCUUUCCAAUGUGGUUAUGGGGGUUGUGUUAACGGUAAUGCUCCUUGCAAUGGUGUAUUCGAGUGCGCAGAUGGUUCUGACGAAGCCUGGGCUUUGUGUAACAAGGAAAGGAGAGUAUUAACACAAACGACCACAUUCAAGCCCACAACUAAAACCACACCUGAACCCACAGAUGUUAGUGGCGAAGGCGGAAAAUGUCAAAUACCCUUUAACGUGCAAGGUUACAUAAUAAAAUUACAUCCAAAAAAUACAACAUUGGCUCCUGGAGUUUGGGUCUGGGACUAUGACACAAUUCACAUUAAAUGUCAUUCAAAACUAGAAAGUAUUUCCAUACUCUGUGAUAAUGGAACAUUUAUUCCGGAUUUUCCCAAAUGCCCAUUCUGCGAAAAAAGUCUUCUCAAUGGCAUUUCAACAAGAUAUUCUGAAAUAUAUAUAAAUGACAUACCAUAUGAUGCCAACGAGUUUUCAUUUAAAAUACCUGUGGGUGCUGAAAUCUAUGUUUAUUGUCGCGUCGGCUAUAAGCGAGUUGGAAACAUGCCACCGCGACAAAAAAUACAAUGCCUCUCUGAUGGCACCUUCAGUGACAUACGGCAGCCAUGUAUUCAGGAUUGUGGCAAUCCAAUAGCCGAUCGGAUAGAUUUCACCCGGGAUGGAUUUCCAACUAAAAACAACAAAGUUCCAUGGCAUGUGGCUAUCUUCAGAAGGCAGGAGAAUGGAACACACAUAUACAUAUGCAGUGGUUCCAUAGUUUCGCCAAGCAUAAUUAUUUCAGCUGCCCAUUGCUUUUGGGACAAUCUUAAGAAUGCGAGACGGCCCAUUAGUAUUUUUCGAUUUGUUGCCGCUAAGCAAGAUAGUGAAUACAGUUUCUCCCGGGAGGGCUAUGAGCAGAUGAGGGAGGCUUCAUCCAUUGACAUUUCGUGGUUAUAUUCUAGUACGAGUUCACGAAAAGUGGGAGAUAUUGCAGUUGUCCAAUUAGAAAUACCCCUAGACUACACCCAAAAUAUAUCAGCCAUUUGCAUGGCACAUAGAACCAACAGUGGUUCGGAUUAUGUUCCCUCGGGUCGAAAAGGUUUUGUGCCAGGCUAUGGUCAGGAACAAAAAUAUUUGGAACAAGUUAACAGUUCUUCUAUAAACCAUCAUGAUUGUCGUCAAAGAAGUGAACUGAAGGAACUGGAAGAUGAUAAAUUCUGUCUGACUACAGUCGAUGCAGGUGGCAGGCUAUGCCGUGGAGAUAGUGGAAGUGGAUUUGCAUGGAAGCGUAACGAUGAGCCUUACCAGUUACUGGGCGUUAUAAGUUCCUCGCCGUCACACGUAAAUGACUGCUCUCGCGAUGGUCUGGUGACUGUGACUAGUAUGCUGUACAUGAAGGAUGACCUGUAUAGGAAAUUCAACAGGACAUUUUACGAGGAACAAGCUAAAUUUUAAAUAGUAUUAAUUAUA